AUGACUUUAUAGACAGUGUUUUGCAUUCAAAAGUGGAGACAAUUAUUUGACACAAAACUUAUAAACAAAUGAUUUGUUGCUUAAGAGCCGCCGCUUUACGGGCGCCGAGAAUUGGCCACUCAUUGGAUGAGUGCCUAAAACUGGUCCAGAGGUGUGACCGCAAAACUUUGGCCACUUUCGCGGCCUUCGGUGGCCAUCGUUACGAGAUUGUGGAGCCGUACGAGUGUCGGGCCGUUCAACGGGUGUUACUGCCGGACAUCGAGCGACCAGAUUAUGCCGAUUCUGGCCAACCGUCCAAACAAUACAAUCGCAUCAAAACGGGUCCCGAAUUGGCGGCGAUCUUCAAGUCGUGCAAAAUCGCCAAAACUAUACUCACAGAUGUCGGACACCGAUUGACAGCGGGAAUCACCGGCGAAGACAUCGAUGACAUGGUGUUUGAGUUGUUAUGUCAGACAUAUAAGUGCUAUCCAUCGCCACUCAACUACAAGGGGUUCCCCAAAUGUGUGACCACUUCUGUGAACAACGUUGCCGUUCACGGCAUACCCGAUAGUCGGCCUCUGGUCGACGGCGAUAUCAUUACUGUUGAUGUCAGCAUUUACUUCAAUGGUUUUCACGGCGAUUGUGCCCACACUUUCAUCGUUGGCGACGAGUCGGCCGCUGAUCCACAAUCACAGCAUCUCUUAAAUGUGGCCCAACUUUGUCUCUUCGAAGCCAUUAAGAUCUGUAGAGACGGCCAAAAGCUGUCGACAAUCGGCGAAACGAUUGAGAAAACGGCCAAAGAGUACGGCUUUCACGUGAUUCGGGAGUUUUGCGGCCACGGAAUCGGUAGUAAUCUUCACGAACCGCCGCAAGUGUUGCACUACAAAAGCGAUUCCGUUGAGACACUCAAAGAGAAUAUGUGUAUAACUAUCGAACCGGUGAUCACUGAAGGCCAGCCGGCAGUGGCCAUCGAUGGAACCGAUGGAUGGACUGUAUAUACGGACGACAACUGCCGAACCGCUCAAUUCGAGCACACAUUAUGUAUCACUAAAGACGGGGCUAUUGUUUUGACACAAAUUGAUUGA